ACCAGGGCAGAUCUCCUUUAGCUCAAGUACCUUCUUUAGGGAAACAGAUAUGUCUGGACUUAUUUUUGCUUUAGUUGGAUUAUUACUAGUUGGUGGCAGUGAUGCGAAAGAAAAAUUCUUAGUCGUUCCGACAGGAAAUGGACCCAUCAGAGGGGAGUUACGUGGCGCUUAUUAUGCUUUUGAGGGAAUUCCCUUUGCGAAGGCUCCAGUGGGUGACCUGAGACUGGCAGCCCCGGUCUUGAACGAUGCCCAUUGGAAGGAGCCGCUGGACGCGUUGAAGCCGGGGCCAGCCUGCAUCCAGUGGAGUCAUCUGAUCAAGAACGAAUCCAACAGGUUGAUGGGGGAGGAAGAUUGUCUGUACCUGAACAUCUACGUGAGCACUAUCAGUCAUAAGGAUCCGUUGCCAACUGUAGUGCACAUUCAUGGUGGAGCAUUCAUGUUCGGUAGUGGGCACUUUUGGAGGCCUGAUCAUUUGCUGACGCGGCCUAUGAUUUUUGUGACGUUCAACUAUCGCUUGGGACCGAUGGGUUUUCUGAGUACGGAAGAUGACGUGAUUCCAGGAAAUUUUGGCAUGAAAGACCAGGUUGUUGCUCUGCAGUGGAUAAACAGAAACAUAGUGAAAUUUGGAGGUUCACCGCACAGUAUUACGCUAUCCGGAUUUUCGGCAGGAUCGGCAAGUGUACAGUUGCUUUACCUAUCGAAGCUUUCGAGGGGCUUGUUCAAAAAUGGGAUUGCUCAUAGCGGGUCAGCGUUGAAUCCAUGGGCUUUGGCAGAAAAUUCUGCGAAUAAGACUUGGCUGAUAGCGUCUUCGAUUGGAUGCUCAACGCGCAGCAGCGAAGAAAUGCUGAAAUGCCUUCGUCAGAAACCUGCCGAAGAAAUUGUUGCAGCUGUUCGUCCUCUGUUCGAUUACCUCUACAACCCUUUCUCGCCCCUGGGAAUAGUGUUUGAAAAACAGACCAAAAAUAACCCUACACCAUUCCUAACUCAACAUCCUCUGGACCUUCUAAAGAAAGGAGACUUCUACAAAGUCCCAAUACUGCUAGCACUCGACGAGGCCGAGGGCCUCUAUCCUGGAGGCGAGCUCGUAAGUAAACCGGAAUACAUAGAAACCAUCGAUCAAAAAUGGGAUCGGCUACUCCCAUCAAUCCUGGAUUUUCGAACGUCACUGAGAGAUAGCGAAGCCAAACAAAACGAGAUAAGCCAUCUGAUUAGAAAACGCUACCUGGGUGAAAGAAAACUCACCAAAGAAAGUUUCCAAGAUUUUGUCAAUCUUCUUUCAAACCGGCUGUAUAUAGCUGGGGUAAUUCGUUCCGCAAGGCUGAUGCAGGUGCACACACCGGUUUAUCUUUAUUACAAUUUUUACAAAAUUGUAUACGGCAUAGGAGAGGAUAUGGCAAACGGACCGCAAAACUUUGGGGCCUCGCAUGGUGAGGAUAUUGUGUUGCUGUUCAAUAGCGAGAUACGGCAGGACGUUCCCUACAACCGGGAGGAGCUGACGAUGGCCGGGCGAUUCGUGGAAAUGUACGACAACUUUGCCAGGCAUAAUGUUGCCCGAUUCGCUGACCAUGAGAUACCUCGCAUGACCAAGAAAAAUGUGCUCCAAUAUUUGGAAAUCAACUAUCCGAACUGUGUGCAACGAGAAUCUGAACAGCUGAGUGAUGAGAAUUUCUGGUAUAAGCUGGAUUUUAAAGAUGGCUUGACUGAUGAUUAUGAGUCACCGGCGAAAACGGAAUUAUAGAUGGAGAAAUAUAAUAAUAACAAAAAAUAUAGAUUUAGGGCACUGAUAAAUACACUUAU